CCGAAAGCUUCAAAGUGUCAACAUUAUUUGUGUUCAGCUUUAGUCUUUUACUGUUUAUGGUUCAUCCAACUAAACUCUCAUCAAUCAUUCUCAAAACGACGGGAUAAAAUAUUUUUGCCAGUAGAAACAUAGAGUCGGUCAAUCAUUCAAAAAUUCUUGUUCUACUAUUGUUGCUGUUGAAGUAAAAGUAUGGCCAGUUCACCAGUCAAUGAUGCCUUACCGGUGUUCAGAAAACAUGCAGCUUUUAAUGCGAAUGUAUCAUCAUUCGAAGAAUUGAUGAUUAAGGGCGAAGCACAGGAUACGUGGGUCGGCUUAUGCGAAAAGGUGGGACAGUUUCUAGCAACUACGAGAAAAAAUUUCGGCACGGAAGGCGUAGAGAAAGUAUUUCCGAAUGUAUCUAUUGGAACACAGUCAGUGCUUGGGGAGUGGAUUAAGAAAGUAAAUAAUUCUUGGGAUGAUUCAUUGAAGACAAUCAUACCGGCAAGACGAAUGAAUGAUGAAAUUUCGGAAAGAAUGAGGGCUAGAGGAAUGGAAGCGGCUAAGUUAAUGGAAAAUACAAAUUUCGUCAAUUUAGGCAAUUUACUCACAAAGAAUGUUCAAUUAUUAUCCGGUCAGCCAGAUGUGCAGGUAAAUUUCGCCGCAACAGAAUUAGUUGAAGGUCCAUUAGGAUUAGACACAGCCUUGUUCUUAGCUGAUGUUCUCAUUAAAUAUCACCAACUGUUGAGACUCGAACACAACAUUCGCUAUGUUACGAGCGACUGUGCUAAGAGUUUCGGUCGUGCAUUUGAUGAAGAAAUGAAUUCGAAUGAGGCAGACCAGAAAAAAUAUUGGAACCAGACGUCGUUUUUAACCGGAUGGGAAAUUAUUAGAAGGGCAACCGAAGAUCAGGCAUUACUCGAGCGGAGUCAACACGGCGAGGUAGAAUUGGUGGAUGUGUUUGAGGCUGGAUUACGUUUGGUUUCCAACCGAAAUAUUGACAAUAUUAACUUUAUGAUAGUCGUUGCUUUGGCUGAAAUUUUUUAGGUUUUUUUUGGCAGGCGCUAGCGUUUUUUAGGUGGGAUAAAUGUAAAUAAAUGUAAUUUUUAUAGCGAACAGUCAAA